CGUGCACCCCCCGGCUCGGGGUUCUCGCGGCAGCGGAGGCAGCGUUAGAGGCGGCGACGGUGAGACCGGCGUUCCCAACGCUUCCCGGCCGCGCUUCUUCCUCGGACUGGGCGAAGCGGAGAGGCAGCGGCGGCGGCAGGAGGCGGUGGCGGCGGCACACCAGUGUCUCUCCAGCUGGAGAUUUCUUUCUGCUUUUCUCGUCGACGGACUCACACCCUCUUUUUUGAGGAAGGGUGACCUCUUCUCUGGGACUGGAAAAAAAUAUUCGUUUGAGGAGGAGGGUGGGUGGCAGCAUCAGGAUCUGCUUCUUCUCUUUUUUAAGCCCCCCUCUUCCCCCCUCCAAGACCAAAAAGCAAACCCCACAACUGCUCCAGCAUCCUCCUUCCCUUCCUCCACCUCCCUUCUCCACCUCUCCCAGUUUCGCCCUCUCCUCUCCUAAUUAUUUCAUUAUUAUGCUUCCCUCUCUGGGGGGUCUCAUCCCUCUCAGGUCGCUCGGAAGCCUCCCCUGGAUGCAUUUCUUAAAAAUUUGGGAGCCUGGGAGUGAGUUUCCUCCGAGGCGUGUGUGAGAGGCAGCGGGGGUGUUUUCCUGUGUGAGGGGCGGGUGAAGUUCAUUGCCCCCACUUUCCUGCGACCUUUUCGACCCGAUUUUGACUCGGGGGGCAGGCGUUUUCGGGGGACAGGGGCGCGGCAGAGAAUGGCCGCGGGGAGGGCUCCCCGGAGCCUCCCAGUCUCUUGAUCAAAGCAUUCCGCUAUUCUGAUUUAUUGCCUGCUUGGUGAGUUAUUUUUUUUUUUUCUUCUUUCCUCUAAAGGAGACCUGUGUGUUCAGCCAUUACUUUGCUCGGCGCCGCUCACAGGAAUCUCCGACCCUCAGUGCCGUGGGCAGCCCAACACUUGGGCUUCUCGCCUCUCGCCCUCGCUCCCGUCCCUCCUCCCUCUCUCCGCCCCUUCCCCCUUUUCUUUCUCCUCUCUUUCUUCCCCUCUCUCCCUUCUUUCGGCCGCCGUCUCCCCCGCGCCCUCCUCGGGGCGGAGGGAAGCCGAGAACGGGGGAGGGAGGGGUUGGUGUCAAUUUUUUUGUGUGGCCGCGGCUGGAACCGGUGGCGGGCAGGAGGCGAGCGGGGAGACCCCGGCGCGGCAGAGCCAUGGACGGCCCGACGCGGGGCCAUGGACUCCGCAAAAAGCGGCGGUCGCGGUCGCAGCGAGACCGGGAGAGGCGCUCCCGGGGCGGGCUGGGGGCUAGCGCGGCCGGCGGCGGCAGCGCCGGCCGGACCCGGGCGCCCUCGCUCGCCUCGUCGUCGGGCUCCGACAAGGAAGACAAUGGGAAGCCCCCGUCCUCCGCCCCGUCCCGGCCCAGACCCCCGCGGAGGAAGCGGAGAGAGUCCACCUCGGCCGAAGAGGACAUCAUUGAUGGAUUUGCCAUGACCAGCUUUGUCACUUUUGAAGCGCUGGAGAAAGAUGUAGCACUUAAGCCUCAGGAACGUGUGGAGAAACGCCAGACCCCUCUGACAAAGAAGAAACGGGAAGCACUUACCAACGGCUUGUCCUUUCAUUCCAAGAAGAGCCGGCUUAGCCACCCACAUCACUACAGCUCAGAUCGAGAAAAUGACCGCAAUCUCUGCCAGCACCUUGGGAAGAGAAAGAAAAUGCCAAAGGGACUCAGACAGCUCAAACCAGGGCAGAACAGCUGCAGGGACAGUGACAGUGAAAGCGCCAGUGGAGAAUCCAAGGGCUUCCACAGGAGCAGCUCUCGAGAAAGGCUCAGUGAUAGUUCAGCUCCUUCCAGCUUGGGAACAGGCUACUUCUGUGACAGCGACAGUGACCAGGAAGAGAAGGCAUCAGAUGCCAGCUCUGAAAAACUCUUCAAUACUGUCAUUGUAAACAAAGAUUCGGAGUUAGGUGUUGGCACGCUGCCCGAACAUGACAGCCAGGAUGCAGGGCCGAUUGUCCCCAAGAUAUCUGGUCUAGAGAGAAGCCAGGAGAAGAGCCAGGACUGUGGCAAAGAGCCGAUUUUUGAGCCCGUGGUGCUUAAAGACCCCUGCCCUCAGGUCCCGCAGCUGCUACCCCAGCCCCAGGUGGAGCCCCAGCCCCGAGCUCCUUCUCCAGACCCUGACUUGGUGCAGCGCACAGAGGCCCCGCCUCAGCCCCCACGUCCAAGCACACAGCCGCCACAGGGCCCCCCAGAGGCCCAGCUUCAGCCGGCGCCCAAGCCUCAGGUGCAGAGGCCACCGCGGCCACAGUCCCCCAGCCAGCUGCUCCACCAGAGCCUCCCACCCGUGCAGGCCCCGCCCUCAUCUCAGAGCCUCUCGCAGCCGCUGUCAGCCUACAACAGCAGCAGCUUAAGCCUCAACAGUUUAAGCAGCAGCAGAAGCAGCACCCCAGCGAAGACCCAGCCGGCCCCUCCACACAUCUCCCACCACCCGUCAGCCUCCCCGUUCCCCCUUUCACUGCCCAACCACAGCCCACUGCACAGCUUCACGCCCACCCUCCAGCCCCCCGCACACUCCCAUCACCCCAAUAUGUUUGCCCCUCCCACUGCUCUGCCUCCUCCACCACCACUGACAUCAGGGAGUCUGCAGGUCCCCGGACACCCAGCCGGGAGCACUUACUCAGAGCAAGACAUCCUGCGACAGGAACUGAACACACGUUUCCUGGCCUCUCAGAGUGCUGACCGCGGGGCUUCCCUGGGCCCCCCGCCCUACCUGCGGACCGAGUUCCACCAGCACCAGCACCAGCAUCAGCACACGCACCAGCACACGCACCAGCACACCUUCACGCCCUUCCCCCACGCCAUCCCGCCCACCGCCAUCAUGCCGACGCCAGCACCUCCCAUGGUGCGUACCCCAGGCAGAAAUGCGGUGCCAGUCUGGUAUUGUGCUGUCAGCAGGCGGUCAGGGAGCCACGUGCCCUGCAGCGACAGAACUCAGCCUGUGUUUGACAAAUACCCUACAAAAGUUGACCCAUUCUACCGGCACAGUCUCUUCCAUUCCUACCCUCCUGCAGUCUCGGGCAUUCCCCCUAUGAUUCCACCCACUGGCCCUUUCGGUUCACUACAAGGAGCAUUUCAGCCGAAGACCUCCAACCCCAUCGAUGUCGCUGCUCGACCUGGGACAGUCCCACACACUCUACUCCAGAAGGACCCGAGGUUGACAGAUCCUUUCAGACCUAUGUUAAGGAAACCAGGGAAGUGGUGUGCUAUGCAUGUUCACAUCGCCUGGCAGAUCUACCAUCACCAACAGAAAGUCAAGAAACAAAUGCAGUCAGACCCACAUAAACUGGACUUCGGACUGAAACCCGAGUUCCUGAGCCGUCCUCCAGGCCCCAGUCUCUUUGGAGCCAUCCACCACCCGCACGACCUGGCACGGCCUUCAACUUUGUUCUCCGCUGCUGGUGCUGCACACCCGACUGGGACCCCUUUCGGGCCACCUCCUCAUCACAGCAACUUCCUCAACCCUGCUGCUCACCUAGAGCCUUUCAAUCGGCCGUCUACCUUCACUGGCCUUGCAGCAGUUGGUGGCAAUGCCUUCGGGGGACUUGGAAAUCCUUCAGUUACACCCAACUCAAUGUUCGGCCACAAGGAUGGCCCCAGUGUGCAGAACUUUAGCAACCCUCACGAGCCCUGGAACCGGCUGCACCGAACGCCUCCGUCGUUCCCGACCCCUCCGCCCUGGCUGAAGCCAGGGGAGCUGGAGCGUGGCGCGUCCACUGCAGCUCAUGACAGAGAUAGAGAUGUAGAUAAACGAGACUCAUCCGUUAGUAAAGAUGACAAAGAAAGGGAAAGUGUUGAGAAAAGACACUCCAGCCACCCUUCACCAGCACCUAUCCUCCCGGUGAGCACCCUGGGACACACCCGCGGCUCCACUGAACAGAUCAGGGGUCAUCUGAACACUGAGGCUCGCGAGAAAGACAAAUCCAAAGAGAGGGAGCGGGACCAUGCGGAGUCCCGGAAGGACCUGACUGUGGAGGAGCACAAGGUGAGGGAGGGCCACCCGCCCGAGAAGGACGGCCACGGCCACGAAGGGCGAGCCGUGGGCGAAGAGGCCAAGCAGCUGGCCCGAGUGUCGUCGCCCUACGUGCGGACCCCCGUCGUGGAGAGCGCCAGGCCCAACAGCACCUCCAGCCGCGAGGCUGAGCAGCGCAAGAGCGAGCCGGCCUACGAGAACCCCAAGAAGAGCUCAGAGGUCAAGGUAAAGGAGGAGCGCAAGGAAGACCAUGACCUCCCUCCAGAGGCCCCGCAGACCCACCGGUCCUCGGAGCCACCGCCUCCAAACUCCUCGUCCAGUGUGCACCCGGGGCCCUUGGCCUCCAUGCCCAUGACAGUGGGGGUGACAGGCAUCCACCCCAUGAACAGCAUCAGCAGCCUGGACAGGACUCGCAUGAUGACUCCCUUCAUGGGCAUCAGCCCCAUCCCCGGUGGAGAGCGGUUCCCAUAUCCGUCUUUCCACUGGGACCCCAUCCGGGACCCUUUAAGGGAUCCCUACCGAGAACUGGACAUUCACCGGAGAGACCCACUGGGCAGGGACUUUCUGCUGAGGAACGACCCUCUCCACCGUCUCUCAACCCCGCGGCUGUACGAAGCUGACCGCUCCUUCAGGGACAGGGAGCCUCAUGAUUAUAACCACCACCACCACCACCACCACCACCCUCUGUCUGUGGACCCUCGGCGGGAACACGAGCGAGGGGGUCACCUGGACGAGCGGGAGCGCUUGCACAUGCUCAGAGAGGACUACGAGCACACGCGGCUCCACCCUGUCCACCCAGCCUCCCUCGAUGGACAUCUGCCCCACCCCAGCCUCAUCACUCCGGGGCUCCCCAGCAUGCACUACCCCAGAAUCAGCCCCACCACGGGGCACCAGAACGGACUCCUCAACAAGACCCCUCCUACGGCAGCGCUGAGCGCGCCUCCCCCGCUCAUUUCUACGCUGGGGGGCCGCCCCGUCUCCCCAAGGAGGACUACUCCUCUGUCUGCAGAGAUAAGGGAGAGGCCGCCUUCCCACACUCUGAAGGAUAUCGAAGCUCGAUAAGGAGAAAAUGGGCCAAGGAAGAGGAAGGAGGAACCUCGCACCAACGCAAUGCCAGACUCUAGAGAAGGAGAGAGCCAGAGGACUCCUGCGUCAGUAACACAGACUGGGGGGCCGGAAGCCCCCAGCGCUUCCCCUUGUAAACAAUGUAUAGCCUCAGUGCAGAUUUUGAAAUGGUUUUGUAUAUUAUAUGUUGAAAAUUUUCAGACCUUUUAGCCAAGUCAUAUGUUCUCAUGUGUCCAGCUCUUUUGGUUUCACAUAUAAAAUGUUUUUAUUUGAACCAAAACAGUGAAGAUGACCACACACACCACCAUGGUGUUAACUGGGGAGAAAACAGACCGCAGUCCGCACAGUCCACCAUGCGAAGCUCUUUCAGACGGGAUGGGAAGGCCGUGUACAUAGUUAUGUAAAAAAGAUUGCUUCAAGAGCUGAGGGUUCAUAUAUGCAAAAGGGUAAGAUGAAAGCUUUACUUUGUAAAAAUGUAAAUAGGUAAAGAUUAAGUAACAUAAUACAUUAAUACUUCUUAAAAUGUGCUCUUUGCAAACCUAAUACCAGUGAACACGCCGGCUACGGCUGCGUUCCCAUGUAUUGUCAUAGACAGCUAAACCCUUCAACUAUGCAAUGAAUGUUCGGGCUUUUCACAAAAGCCCGCCUAACUCAAAGGAGCCUUUUCAGAUCCAUUUACAACAUACUUAAGGUCAUAUUUUCCCUGAACAAGCGCUUAUGUGAUAUGACUCUGUUUUCCUUGCUUGUUUUUUUAAAUGGAGGAACAUCCCAUUUUGCAAAAUGGACCCCAGGCUGAAACUUUGCGCCUAAAGUUGCUGCUUGCGGGCUCCCAGGGGAGAGCACAGCCCCGGAAAGGUCAGUGGAUGAGAGCAGCCAGGGGGUCAGGAGUUGUCAGAUGCCAAAAUCAGGGGACACAAACAGGUCGCCAGCGUCUCGUCACCGCUAGUCCUGUGACUUCACACACACCUCAUGUGGAACCAUGCAUUGUUUAGUGUGUCCUACUUCCUGUCUGUACACACUUCCUCGUUUUGUAAUGGGAUUUCAUCACACCCAAACAGAUCCUGAAAGAAAGCUUCACGUUUUCUCAGAUGAUGGAUAUGUUUUUGUUGUAGUCGAUAACUGACAGAUUGAAGGUGCACAUUUCCUAAUGUGACUCACCAUAUUCCAGUUGGUAAUAAAGUCUGGGAGUAGCCAGCCAUAGCAGGUCAGCCUCACGGAGCCACGGCGAGUUACAGAGGGUGAAAGGUGGCAGAGACGAAGUCUUGUGUGUGCGUGCGUUUUUAAGUUUGCAUCGAUCUUAAUGUCUCUUCAUGAUACUUUUAUAAUACAUUAAGCCUCUUGUCUACAUAUUUGGAGAGAAUAUGACUUUACUAGCAGAGAAAUACAAUAUAUCUUGUCUACUGGACUGUAAAAUAUAUGUAUGAAAUAAAAUUAGUUCCAUUUGGUCUUCUAGUAUAUUAAAGUGCUAUCUGACGUUGUUAUCCUGUUUUUGAAGAAAAAAGUUAACUACAGACCAUUGUUUCUAAUAAGCAGAGAGAUCUAUUUUAGUAGUAAACUGAAGGUUUAGUUGUGAGCUUCAGAUUUUUUGUGAAUUCCAGAUGUUGUGCAGUGUUUUUUUUUUUUAAAGACAACAACUAAAAAGGAAAAAAAUCCAAGGAAUAUGUACACUGGAACUGUAGUGGUAGCUUUCAGUAUUGUAAAGAGAUUGUUCUAUACAGACCUUUUUGCUGUUUAUCCUGUAUGUAAUAAAGUCCUUUCUAGAUCCUAUGUGAAAAGAAAAGUGAAGCGACUGAAUCUUCAGCAUGUUCUCAUCGGCGGAGCCUUCUUGUGUAAUGUAAACUGUGCCAUGUUAUUAAAAAAUGUGAACCAA